GGGAAAAAGAUUAUGCUGGUUUCUCAAAUCCUCCUUGUUCAAAUCCUCUCUCGGUUUCUCAAAUCCUCCUUCCCGGGCGACCCCGCCUUCCCUCGCAAUUCUAACCAUGGCGAGCCCCGCCGCCACCACCCCCGCCUCGCCGUCGAGCAAGCGGUCGAAGAGAGCCCCGGGCGGCGGCGGCGACGACGAGCGGCGGCCUCCGACGGAGGAGGGCGGCGGCGACGGCGUGCGCUGCGGGAUCUGCCUGACGGAGGGGGGAAGAGCCGUCCGGGGUCGAAUCGACAGCUGUGACCACCACUUCUGCUUCGUGUGCAUCAUGGAAUGGGCCAAGGUGGAGUCCAAGUGCCCCAUGUGCAAGCGCAGGUUCUCCACCAUCCUCAGGCCUCCGAAGGACGGCGUCUUUGCCGCCGAGAGGAUCGUGAACGUCCCGCCUCGCGACCAGGUUUAUGAUCCCCAUGGAAUCAGACCUUUUGAUCCUUAUACGGAAACUCGGUGUGGUGUCUGUCGUGGCACGCAAGAUGAAUGGUGUCUGCUGCUUUGCGAACUCUGCGAUUCGGCUUUUCAUACUUAUUGUGUGGGCUUGGGUGUCACUGUACCCCAAGGGGAUUGGUUUUGCCAUGACUGCGCUUUUAUGAGGGACGAGCAUUCGAGGACUGAUGAAGGAGAGAGCUGCGUUGGACAUGUUUCGAUGCCAUCGGCUGAGCCGCUGGUUUCGAUAUUCGAUAUCGUAAGAGAUAGCAGGGCAUCUAAUAUCGGGCGGCCCGCAACCACAGUGUCAUCACCUUUAGACCUGAGUGCUGCUGUAUCUGACAGGGGAGAUGGUAUUGUUCAGGAAAUGUCCCAAGAAGGCGAAAGAAGGGAUCCCAAUGUUGCAGAAACAGCAACGGAAUAUUCUGGUGCGAGAACUCUACGACGAUGUCGUGAUGUGCAUCUUCGUAUAAAGGCAUUUCGUGAGAAUUGGGAUGCGCUGCGAGGUGGGUCAUUGAGCUUUCAUUCAAGAAAUGUGGAGUCUUUGCACAGUGAGAGUAGUGAGCGAGACCAUGGGCAUGACAGAUUAGGUCAACCAUCCACAAGUCAUCAACCAUUGAAAGAUGAAGAUUGUAUGUUAGAUUUUGCUUCCCACCAUGAAGAUAAGUACGAUAUCACCAAAGCAUGGAAGAUGAUGGAUAGAGCCAAGUCCAGACAGCAAGCUCAUGAUUUAACAAGUCGUGUGCGCCAUGUAGCAAACAAAUUUGUCAGGAAAGGAAAUGCUCCAAAAGUAGCCAGUCUUAAUAUUAAUCAUCUAGAAUUGAGGAAUCGAGUAAAUAAAAGUCGCUAUACUGAAUGUGCAGCAGCUUUGCAGCAUAAGGUCAGUCAUGUUGGUGAUAAAUCGUCUCAGCAUAAGUCUCCAGUCACUGGAAGGCAGAAACAGAAAAGAUGUCCAGGAUUGCCUCCUUCUCCAUUGGACCAAGCUAGCUUGCAAAGGCAUGAGUAUCACACAAAUAAAUCUGUCAGAACAUCAAGCAGCAUUACUUACCAAGAAGACAAUUGUCCUUCUUUGACAUCUUCUGCUGGUUCUGUGUCGGGAUCCUCCAAGCCCAGAUCUCCAGUAAUUGAAAGGCAGAAACAGAAAAGAUGUCUGGGAUUGCCUCCUUUCAUAAUGGACCAUGCUAGUUUGCAAAGGCAUGAGUAUCACACAAAUAAAUCUGUCAGAACGUCAUGCAGCAUCACUCACCAAGAAGACAAUUGGCCAUCUAUGACAUCUUCUGCUGGUUCUACGUCGGUAUCCUCUAAUUGUUUUUCUGCCACACUUGGGGCAAGCAUUGCUUCAUCACGGAAUUCCCAGGGGAAAGGAAUGCUGGAAGAGGCUCGAGUAGCUGGCCACUCUAGAAGAGAUGACAGUGCAAAAAGUGAAAUCCAAUCUCUUGUGAAGUUCAAUUUGAAGAUGCUUAGCCACAAUAAACAACUGGGAGUUGAUGCAUUCAAAGAAAUCGCCAGAGCGGCGACCCACAUCAUACUGGCCGCGUGUGGCUUGGAGCGGCCCAAGUCUGUCAUCCCCAGUUCCGUGUGUUGUCACACCGACGACGUUCGGAGGCUCCACAAGUCUACUCUCAUGCCUAAUUCGUGCAGAGAGUGCUUCUAUGCCUACGUGAAGACCGUCGUCGACACCCUUCUGCUCGAGAAGCUAAGUAAAGCUAAUUAAAGUACAUUUUUUCCCCAUUACCUCUGCCGCAUUCACAUUUAUAGGAAUCGCCAUUCCUUUUAAAGGGAGAAUUUGUGGGCUCCUUAGUUUCUGUAGAAAAGGGUUAUGGAGUCACCAUGUUUAGUAUAUACAAAUCUCUGUUGUUGGC